AUGCCUUUCCUUCUCGCGCAUGGCUUCCGAGUGAUUACUCCGGACCCCAGGCGCCAGGGACGUUCAUCUGCCCCCGCUCCUACUCCGGACAUCAAAUCAUACCCCGGACCAGACGCCGAUCCGUCCAUUAUCAACUACUAUCCUCAAUCCGCAGCCUUGGACUUCAUCGCCCUUCUACAGCACCUCAAUGUCUCAUCCGUCGUCGUCAAUGCUCAUUCUCUCGGCACGGCCGUGGCGUACCACUUCGCCACCGUGAGGCCUGAUCUGACGCGUGCGAUGGUGAUACUUGACCCGCUUCACUCGAUCCCAAGCGAAACCGUGGACAAGUAUCUCACCGACCCUCUGCUGAUCUUGCAGAACCUCACCAUGCUCUUUGGACCCGCCCUGUAUCCCCCAACGGUCCCUGCUUGGCACUUGACCUGGGUCGGCAGACGUCGUACGGGGGGAGAUAUGAAUGUCAUUCUGGCCCAGUCAUUUGCAUGCUAA